GUUCGGGCGGCGGCGGCCGAGAUGUCGACGCCGGCGCGGAAGCGCCUGAUGCGGGACUUCAAGCGGCUGCAGACGGACCCGCCCGCAGGCAUCAGCGGCGCGCCGCACGACAACAACAUCACGCUCUGGAACGCCGUCAUAUUCGGGCCGGAUGACACGCCGUGGGAUGGAGGUACGUUCAAGCUGACCAUGCAAUUCACAGAAGAUUAUCCCAACAAGCCACCAACUGUUCGGUUUGUCUCAAGGAUGUUUCACCCGAAUAUUUAUGCAGAUGGAAGCAUCUGCUUGGAUAUCUUACAGAACCAGUGGAGCCCUAUAUAUGAUGUUGCAGCAAUAUUGACCUCUGUCCAGUCCCUGCUGUGCGAUCCGAAUCCAAAUUCUCCUGCGAACUCUGAAGCAGCCAGGAUGUACAGCGAGAACAAGCGUGAGUACAACCGCAAAGUUCGUGAGAUCGUGGAGCAGAGCUGGACAGCGGACUAGCGGUGCUAUGUUCUGCAAUAUAAGCAACGCCGAAACAUCUCUAUUUCUGGCUUUGCCGGUCUGUACUACCCGCUGAAACAUUGAGAUCCUCAGUGGCUGUUGUGAUCCUGUGCUUGAUCCCCUGCUUCUCCUGCUGGUUUUCCUAUUGUAGUGUGUGACACCUAUUUGGUGAAUUAAGGCAUGUGACGCUAAUGUAAAGAUCCUAUACAUAGCCAAGAAGUGGUUGCCGCUUGCUA